ACUUCCACGCGACGCCUCUACUUCAUUUCAAUUGGAAAUUGGAUUCGGCGGCACGCGGUCGCACGAUUCCUCGCUCGCCUUCAAGUUCGGUGUGCAAUUCAAAUACCAAAUUAGCCAGCUUACAACAAGUGUUUUGUAACAGAAUGACGGAAUUUGAUUUUGUGCCGAUCGCCGUGGGCGUGGUCGCCGUAGUUGCCGGCGCCCUGAUCCUCCACUAUCUGCUGAACAAGAAGUCCACGAAGCCACGAAGGGAACCCAAUCGCACCGCCCGCCUGCGCACCCUGGUGGACCCCAACGACAAGUACCUGCUGCCCCUGAUCGAAAAGGAAAACCUCAGCCACGACACCAGGCGAUUCCGGUUUGGACUGCCCUCCAAGCAGCACGUCCUUGGCCUGCCCGUUGGCCAGCACAUCCACCUGAUCGCCACCAUCGACAACGAGCUUGUCAUCAGGCCGUACACACCCAUCUCGUCCGACGAGGAUGUGGGCUACGUCGACCUCGUGGUCAAGGUGUACUUCAAGGACUCGCAUCCGAAGUUCCCUGCCGGCGGCAAGAUGACCCAGCACCUGGAGCAGCUCGAGCUGGGCGACAAGAUCUCGUUCCGCGGUCCCUCGGGACGGCUGCAGUAUCUCGGCAACGGCACCUUCUCCAUCAAGAAGCUGCGCAAGGAUCCGCCCAAGCAUGUGACCGCCAAGCGGGUGAACAUGAUCGCCGGCGGCACUGGCAUCACCCCCAUGCUCCAACUGGCCAGGGAAGUGCUCAAGCGCAGCGAUAAGGACAAGACUGAACUGGCGCUGCUGUUCGCCAACCAGAGCGAGAAGGACAUUCUGCUGCGCGCCGAGCUGGACGAACUGGCCCAGAAGCAUCCCGACCAGUUCAAGGUCUGGUACACCGUCGAUAAGGCCGGAGAAGGUUGGCCGUUCAGCGUUGGUUUCAUCAAUGAGGACAUGAUCGCCGCCCACCUGCUUCCCGCCAAGGACGAUACCAUUGUGCUGCUCUGUGGCCCACCGCCCAUGAUCAACUUCGCCUGCAACCCCGCGCUGGACAAGCUUGGCUUCCACCCGGACACCCGUUUCGCCUACUAAAAUGUUCGCCCAAGGCGUGCCGAACGGAAAGAAAUUGCAUUUCUAUAUCGUCACUUCCCAUGAUUAUCUGUUGACCCAUAGAUUCAUCCAAAUUCCCGAAACUCCCUGAAAUUGCGGCUCUACAAAUUCGGUGCUGAUUGUAUAGGCUCUUUUUUAUAAUUUGUUAAUAAACAUGUGUUGAAAAAAGAA